UCUUGAGUAAUUGUGCAUAGGUUCUACAAGUGGUAUCAGAGCUUAACCCUUUGAAAGACUUAACCGUUUAAGGGAAAAGAUCAUGGCAAGCACAGGCUUUAACAACAACAACACUAGCGAAGGUAACUCAACCGCUAGACCUCCUCUUUUUAGCGGAACAAAUUACUCUUAUUGGAAAAAUAAGAUGAGAAUUUGGAUCCGUUCUCAAGAUGUGAGGAUUUGGAAAGUUAUUGAGAAUGGAAAUCACAUUCCAACAAAGACAACAAGCGCUAAAGAAGGAGAAGUCUCCGUCUCAAAGCAAGUACCGAAAGGAGAAGAUGAAUAUAGUGACGAUGAUUGGAAGAAAGUGGCAAUGAAUGAUAAAGCCAUCAACUUCAUUCAUUGUGCACUUAACGAGCAUGAUUAUAUGAAGAUCUCUACAUGUGAAACCGCUAAAGAGAUUUGGGAUAAACUCCAAAUCACUUACGAAGGAAUCGACCACGUUAAAGAAUCAAAGGUAUUUAUGUUGGUUCAUGAAUGGGAAAAUUUUAAAAUGAAAGAUGAAGAGAGCAUUGAAGAAGCUCUUGAAAGACUCUCCAAGAUCUUCAACAAUCUAAGCAUGCUUGGUACAAAAUACAAUGAUAAACAAAUUGUGACCAAGGUGCUUACAAGCCUUACACCAAAAUGGAACUCCAAAGUGAACGCUAUUGUGGAAGGAAGACUCUAUGUUCAACUUACAUUUGAUCAACUACGAGGUAAUCUACUCACCUAUGAAAUGACUAUGCUAAAUAGACAAAAAGGUGAAGAAAGCAAGAAGAAAAGUCUCGCCCUUAAAACAACAUCACUGCAAGAAGAGAGCGAUGAUAAUGAAGAAGAAGGAGAUGAAGAAUUUGCACUCUUAUUUAUUAAAAAGAUUCAAUAA